GGUGAAAUAAAUUGACGUAUAUUUGAUAAAUAUUGUAAUCGCUAUUCGGGAAAUUAAAUUUUUUAUUAAACAUCAUUGAUAAAGGAGUGCUUUUUUUUUACAGAAAUAUCGUAAUGUUCGCUUUAAAGAAUUUACUGAAUUAAACUUACUGUUAUUGAGAAAAACGUUGCAGUGAUUUAAAGACUUGUGAAAGUUUGCUUGAAUUAUAUUCUGAAGAUGAAAAAAUUUUUGUUGCUCGUAAUCUGCGUUCAGUUCGCACUAACUGUCACUGGCAGACAUUACAGGGAUAGUAGUUUUCUGAACCACGCGCAAUUGGUGUAUGAAUUUCAAUGUUCCUUACCCCAACCAAGGGCUGUCCGGGUGGAAGAUCUCCUAACUGCGGGUCCAGGACCUGACGAAAUCUUCUAUCCUGCAUCCACGGUUCUAGCGCGGUGCGCAGAGUCGGGAUGUUGUCCCGAUUCCAAGCAAGUCUGUGCUCCGAUCGAGACCAAAAACGUCAGCCUCGUCUUCAUGAUCAGGCACCGCAUCGAUCAACAACGAGAUCGUCAUCAUGAAGUCAUCCAUGCUCUGGAGCACACCAAGUGCGCCUGUAUGAAUGAAUCUGUGGCCGCUAACAAUAAGAAUAAUCUGGAGGAUGUCAUUUCAUAAUCCGACUCGGAAUCCUCGGAACAACUAGAAAACUGUUCUUCAAGAUCGGAACUCUUACUCGAAGUUGCCUCCUUUAUCCCUAAAGUAUUCCCUUCUUUCUGAAUAUUUUCAUCGAGA